UUGAAAGUGUUGUGUCGCGCCGCGCUUUACAACCCGAUACAAGAAUAAUAAAAACUCAGUUCCUCAUUCGUGUGUGUUUCCGUGUCACAAGUUCACUGUGUUCCCUGACUAAGUGUUGUUUACGUUAAUCGGAUACUGUACAGUGUUUGUGACUGCGUGUGUAAUGCCGCAAAUUUCUGCAUAACGGCGAUCACCGGGCAAUGCUCACAGGAAAGCAUGUGAUGCCGGCCCUUGACGCUCGGCGCCAUGCCCACGCCGCUGCAGCCAGGCGGCCCCGCUAGCGGCCCGCCCUCGGAGCGCAAGCGGCGCCGCAAGCGCGACGAUCCGCAAAGUUCUGCCGCUCUCGAACCCGACGACGACGACGACGGUACCAUGAGUCCUGAGGAGGAUCCACGGGCUGCGCCAGCAGCACCAGCUGCCCCUACGCCAGUGCCCUCUUCUGCCCCCGCGCCAACUUCGCCGCCUGCCGCCCCCGACGCCGUAGAUCUCACCUCACGCCGUGACUCGCCACCACUAUCCUCAGAUGUAGAACAUUUCGAUGGAAAGAUAGUCUACAACCCUGAUGGCUCAGCCUAUAUCAUCGAAGAUUCUGAGCUGUCAGAGGGUGAAACUAGCCUCUCGGACUUGCCUAAAAUAGAACCUGGUUGCAUUGUUGAUAGCAGAGAUAGCAACGUCGUUGAAAGGCAGCUUGAAUUUCCACAAAUAGCCAGCGCAUUCUACGUAUCAAGAAAUCCUUCUCUAUACGGCGCUCUAUACGGAAGACUAGCUGUUGAAAGAGCGAGGGCGAGACCUGACGCACCCGUAAUGCACAGUUAUCGAGUGUUUAGUUUUCGUGGAAAAGAGACUCCGAGACCUCAGUCUCCAACCCCUGAGUGCGUAAGCGUACCAGUUAAACCUAUUCUAAUGUGUUUUAUUUGUAAACUUAGCUUUGGAUAUGCGAAGUCGUUUGUAGCACAUGCACAAUCUGAUCAUAGUUUAUCUUUACUAGACUCUGAAAGAGAUGCACUGUCAAGAGAAAAUGCAUCGGCUAUCAUUCAAUGUGUUGGUAAAGAUAAAGAAUCACUAGUCUCAUUCUUAGAACCAGUAGGUGCAGCUGCGCCACAACGAGCUUCCAUCUCUGGCAGUCCUGCCAACAUGUCAGAACUAUCAAGUCCAUCAGUGGAAAAAAGGCUUGAUCUUAUGACGCCAGAUAGAGACAAUGACAGUAUGUUACCGAAUGGAUCAUGCGAUGACAGAAGGCCGAGUCCACCUGCCUGGAGGCCACCUAGAUCAUUAGCGGAAUCAUUACUACCACAACAUUCUUUAAUAUCUGUGGCUCAUCCUCAUGCCAUCAACGCCUCGGUUCAGCCGAGAGUAAGUCCUAACUCUUCACCGCCAUUCCAAGCGGCACCACCAGCAUUUCUUUCUGGAACAACGAUAGGAGUGUGCCCAGAUCAUUUAGGCGGGAGACCAUCUGGUGCUGAUUGUCCGAAAUGUGAGCUUAUUUUAAAUUCAGGUAGACUAGGAGGACCAUUGGCUGGUAUGCACAGUCGAAAUUCAUGUAAAACCUUGAAGUGUCCAAAGUGUAAUUGGCAUUACAAAUAUCAAGAAACAUUAGAAAUUCACAUGAAAGAAAAGCACCCGGAAGCUGAAACCAGUUGCAUUUACUGUAUCGCUGGUCAACCUCAUCCACGAUUAGCUAGAGGAGAAACCUACACUUGUGGAUAUAAACCAUAUAGAUGUGAAGUAUGUAAUUACUCAACAACAACUAAAGGAAACUUAAGCAUUCAUAUGCAAUCUGACAAGCAUCUCAAUAAUAUGCAAGAAUUACAAAACGGUGGUAAUCCAGGAGAAGGAAAUUUACCACCUUCACAACAUACACCACCUGGAGUACAUAAACCACCGUUACCACAUCAUUCACCUUUAGGUCAAAAACCAAAGCCUACAUUUAGAUGUGAUGUAUGCAACUACGAGACAAAUGUGGCCAGAAACCUAAGGAUACAUAUGACCUCUGAAAAACAUACUCAUAACAUGCUUGUUCUACAGCAAAAUGUGAAACACAUGCAAACAUUAUCAGCGUUGCAUCAUAGACAACAGAGUCAACAACAGCUUGAAAGCUUACUCCACUUUCAUGGAGGAGAAGCGCCUCCUCCCAAUCCUGAAGCUGCUUUGGCGGAUAUGGCCUACAACCAAGCCCUUAUGAUUCAACUAAUGACAGGUGGUCCAGGACCAUCCCCACCUGAACUUGGCGCGCAUUUAGAUGUAGGCUUGAAUCCAGAUGCCAUGGAGCCACCACCGGAACCAGCGGAUCCCGAGCCAGAAAGAACUUUCCAUUGCUGCAUUUGCAAUUGUUUCUCUACGGACUCCCUAGAGGCCCUCGGUCACCACUUGGCUCAGGACCGAACUAAAAUUCGGGAGCAAGAGAUACUUGCGCUGGUCGCCGGUCACUACGUUUGUAAACUGUGCACAUACAAAACUAAUUUAAAAGCCAACUUCCAACUUCAUUGCAAGACUGAUAAGCAUUUGCAAAGGCUACAACAUGUAAAUCACGUUAAAGAAGGAGGUCCACGCAAUGAGUGGAAACUUAAAUUUUGUGGUGGAGUUGGCACUGGGGCCGCAGGAGUGGGUGGCGUUCAAGUCAGAUGCUGUGCGUGUGAUUACUAUACGAACUCCGCACAUAAGCUCCAGCUGCACGCAGCCGGUGCUCGCCACGAAGCUGCUGCGCUAUUGUUGAGGCACCUUCGCGAUUGUUCCUCUAGACUACCACGUGAUCGCUCGAGAGUAUAUCGAUGUGCACUGUGUGGUUUCGGGGCACCUCACCGCCUCCCUUUACUGCAACAUGUUCGUUCAGUGAAGCAUCUUCAGAUGGAACAGAUUCAUCAACUCCAGCGCCGUUCUGAGGGGAAAGACCCUACGCCGGACGUUGCUGAACUUUUCCAAGUUAUCCCUCAGCCAUCGGAACUACCUAGUCCAUUCGAUCAGCAGGAGAAUGAUAACAAGGAGCCUGUUGACCAAAAACCUGAACUGACUCAGGAGCAAAAGAUGAUGCGAUUUUUGGAACAACACCAACAGCAACAACAGCAGCAGCAAGUCCCUCAACAAUCCUUACCUCAAGUAUCGAAUGAAAAGGAAGAAGAAGACAUUUCGCCAUCUCACACGUGCCCAUACUGUAAUUUCAGCUGUGAUAGCGAAAACAAGCUUCACAUGCACGUAAACUCAAUGCAUGCUGACUCAGCAAGACAUUUUAUUUGUCCUUUAUGCCAAGAUGCAUUCAAGGAUCGACCAGCACUCGAACGCCACGUGAUGCAAAUCCAUUCUGUGAACUCAGAAGGGCUACAGCGACUAUUACUUUUAGUUGAUCAAAGCCACUGGCUAAACGGAGCUAAUCAAUCUCAACGUGAAGAUUCCAGACAAGGCGAUGAAGAACGUGAGAGAGAGAUAUCUUCACCACGCUCUGAAGGUAGCGUAGAUGGAGAAACAGAAAGGUGUUCUACUUGCAACAGAACAUUCCGAAACGUAGAUGAACUUUGCCAUCAUCAAAAUGAAUCUGGACAUCUGGAAUUGAAACAAACACCCCAAGGACCCGGUUACGUCUGUUGGAAAAAAGGUUGUAACCGUUAUUUCGAGGCAGCUCAAGCUCUACAAAACCACUUCAAAGAAGCGCAUGCCCGCAACUCCAUUGCUAAUAUGUCAGUCUCAGAAAAACAUGUUUACAAAUAUCGUUGCAAUCAAUGUAGUCUUGCAUUCAAAACAGUCGAAAAACUUCAACUUCAUUCGCAAUAUCAUCUUAUUCGCGACGCUACUAAAUGUGUUCUAUGCGGACGGAGCUUUAGAUCAAUAUUAGCUCUUCAGAAACAUGUGGAAACUUCUCACUCUGAAUUAUCGGAAGAUGAACUCGCUGCUUUCAAACGUAGCUUGGCAUCUAAUCCUUUACUGCAAUCAAACCAAGCAACUGCAUUAGAUCAUACUACAGCAGAAUUAUUGCGCAAAGAGGCCCUAAGAACACCAGAUGAUGAAUUAGGAGAGAUGGAAGAUAGAGACUCCAGUGCUACUGUUGCUGACGAAUCAGGCCACAAUGAUGCUGAAAAUUCUGAUGACUCCAUAAUUUAUAAAGACCAACAAUUCUUAGAAGAUUAUUUGAAUUCUCAGGCUAUGGCUGAAGACUCUUAUAACGAUCCAAAUAGAAAAUAUAAGUGCCAUCGUUGCAAAGUUGCAUUUACAAGGCAAUCAUAUCUUACAGCGCACAAUAAGACGCUUCUUCACAGAAAAGGUGAAAAGUUAACUUAUCCUAUGGAAAAGUAUCUGGACCCAAACAGACCAUUUAAGUGCGAUGUAUGUAAAGAGUCAUUCACACAGAAGAAUAUUUUAUUGGUUCAUUACAAUAGCGUCAGUCAUUUACAUAAAUUAAAACGAGCCAUGCAAGAACAGCAAAAUAAUAAUAAUCCUCCCGUUUCACCAGGCGCUGGAACUGCACCAUCUAAUUUGACUCUGACACCUAAAAGUACAUCGAGUGAAGAGGAUGAUCGCAAAAGAUACAAAUGCAAUAUAUGCAAAGUAGCUUAUACGCAAGGCAGCACGUUGGACAUUCAUAUGCGAUCAGUUUUGCAUCAAACACGUGCCGGCAAGUUGCAAGAGUUAGCCGCGGCGGGCCACGUUGACUUGACACGGCCUUUAGUAGAGCAGCCGGAUAGAAACGACCCCGCUAAAAUUUUACAAGACGUGUUGUCGCCAAAAAAUACAUCCCCUUCGUCUACUAGCAGCGGGGGGCCGCGCUCUUCACCCCCCGUGCGCCCAGGUAGUCCGCGAUCCCCUCGCGCAGGUAGCGCCUCGUGCGACCGCUGCCACGCGUCAUUCCCAACUGGGGAGCUACUCGACGCACAUCGCAUUACUUCAUGUCCCUUAGGCGAUGCGCGGGCGCAAUCGCCACUCGGUGACGCAGAAGCCGCGGCUUUAGACGAGAUGGUAGCUAAGGGCAAUCCGCCCAAACGAAACUCACAAAUGUAUAAACAACUUCUCGAGACAUUCGGUUUUGAUCUCGUCAUGCAAUACAAUGAAAAUCAGCGCCGAAAACUGCAAGAAGAACGUGAAAUGGCGCGGGUACCGAGCCCUCCACCGCCGCCCCCUGAGGAGAAACCUCCGGAUGAAACAAAAUCUACCUGCCAACACUGUAACAAGGAGUUUUCUAGUGUAUUCGUUUUAAAGACUCAUUGUGAAGAAGUGCAUAAAGAUAAAGUUCCCCUGGAAUUUUUAGAACAAUUUGCGGAGCAAUUCAAAUCAGAGUAUGAAAGAAAAUCUGGUGCGCCAAAUUCCCCUCGUGCUGGAUCACCCGCGCCACAGGGCGACCGUUCGCCUUCACCACGGGGUGAUAACAAUGGAAAUUACAAUGACAACACGAAUGGUUCUAGUGAAGCUCAAGCGGGAGCGUUGCUUGCAGCACAAGUGCAAGAGAUGCAGGCGGCACUGAACAUGCUUCAGCUACAGCAACAACUAGGCCAAUUACAUCCUAUGGUAGCCCAGAUGUUAUCUCUGGGAUUACCUCUUGGGUUAAAUGUGGGUGCUUUAGCCGCUAUGAACCUUCAGCCACCCCUGGUGCCGUUGAUGCUGCCACCUCCGCCUUUUGAUUCGAUGCCUUUCGCUCAAGACGCCCACAUGAAACAGCAGCAACUUAUUCAGCAACAACAACAGGCUAAUGCUGCUGGGCAAAAAAGAGCUCGAACACGUAUUACUGAUGAUCAAUUGAAGAUUUUACGAUCGCACUUUGAUAUUAAUAACUCCCCAAGUGAUGAAGCUAUUGCUAAAAUGGCCAAACAAUCCGGCCUCGCAACAAAGGUCAUAAAACAUUGGUUCCGAAACACACUAUUUAAGGAACGUCAACGUAACAAAGAUUCACCUUAUAAUUUUAACAAUCCACCAUCGACUACACUAAAUCUUGAAGAAUAUGAAAAAACCGGUGAAGCGAAAGUUACUACCUUGGAUUCAUCGGCGAGCUCAGAUGAAGGAAAGCCACCCCCAGAAAAAAAAGCAAAAACUGAAGAAAAUAUGAUUGUCGCUCAACCAGAGGUAAAAUGUGAACCAAAUGAAGAGCCCACAAUGGAGGAAAAAUACAAUUCAUACGAUGACAGACACCAAGAAGAUCAAAGUUUUAUUUUUCCUCAAAUUCCAUCCCAAAGUCCCGCUCUAAGUACACCUGACUUGCACCAAAACAUAUCUCGGCCUCAGACGCCGACACAUUUAUCUUUAAACUCCUUAAUACAGUCUCAACUGGAUUCAAUACCAGCUACAAGUAUACCACAACCACCACACCCGUCAAUGCUUCCACCUAAAAUGAAUCCUAAUUUCACGUCCCCAAACUCCGCGCCCCCGAACGUCCUACCUUUGACCCCAAAUCGCAGCCUCAGCCCUGGCAGGGGACCGGCCGAUUUCGGACUUUCCGGGGGCAACUCGAACGGAUCCAACAGCUCGGGGUCUUCUGGCAAACGCGCCAACAGAACUAGAUUUACAGACUAUCAAAUAAAAGUAUUACAAGAGUUUUUUGAAAAUAAUGCUUACCCAAAAGAUGACGAUUUAGAAUACCUUUCUAAACUAUUAGGUCUUAGCCCAAGAGUUAUAGUAGUUUGGUUUCAAAACGCUCGGCAAAAAGCUAGAAAAGUAUACGAAAACCAACCAGCUGCAGAUCCACCUGCGGGAUCGAUGGAUGAUGCAAACCGAUUUCAACGCACACCAGGUCUCAACUACCAAUGCAAAAAAUGUCAACUCGUAUUUCAAAGAUACUAUGAAUUAAUUAGACACCAGAAGACUCAUUGUUUUAAGGAGGAGGAUGCGAAACGAUCUGCGCAGGCACAAGCGGCAGCUGCGCAGGUUGCUGCAACACUAAGCAGCGAAGACUCAAAUUCAAGCACCGUAGAACACCACGUUCCGCAUGUGCCAGUUUCACCGGCACCACCUCGUACUCCAACGCCUGCUGCACCCAACUAUCCAGUUUCACCAGCUCCCCCAACACCUCAUACGCCUGUCACGCCUCUAUCACACAAUCCUAGAGAUGAUAAAGAUGGUAAUUUUCAAUGUGAUAAAUGCAACCUAGUCUUCCCGCGAUUUGACUUAUGGCGAGAGCAUCAGAUGGUUCAUUUUAUGAAUCCUAACUUAUUUCCGACGUACCCACCUGACUCUCCUUUUGGAAUUUUACAACAACAUGCUCAACUUCAACAGUUAAAUGCGUCGUUAUCAAAUGAAGAGGCUCGUCACCCUUUAGUGGCUGCCCUUAAUCAGCAAGUUAAAAGAAAGUUUGAUGAUUUUGAAGAAACAGACACUGGUGAGCAGCCGAAAGAUAAGCGACUAAGAACAACUAUUCUGCCAGAGCAGUUAGAUUACUUAUAUCAAAAGUAUCAAAUUGAAUCUAACCCUUCAAGAAAAAUGCUCGAAAAUAUUGCCCGAGAAGUUGGUUUAAAAAAGAGAGUUGUUCAAGUUUGGUUCCAAAAUACAAGAGCUCGUGAAAGAAAAGGACAAUUUCGUGCUCAUGCGCAAGUCAUUAAUAAACGAUGUCCAUUUUGUCCCGCUCUAUUCAAAGUGAAGAGUGCGCUCGAAAGUCAUCUAAGUACAAAACAUGCUGAUCAGUGUGCAAGAGGGGAAAUAAAUGUAGAUGCAUUACCCGAUGAAGAGUUAAGUACGGAAUCAACUCCAAGUUUUGGAUCACAACAAAGUGACAGACAGCAAAAUUUUUCCCAAGCGGGGGCUCCCAUGUUGCCCCCUAUUUUUCCGCCGUUUCACUCAGACAUGGAGAAAUUUAUCAAACAGUAUAGUGAGGAGUCAAUGAAGAGAUAUGUAAGUGAACUCCAGGUUCAGGCUGCCGCUCAACAAAAUGGUGGUAGUAAUGAACCAUCUGAGAGACGCCCUGAACAUGGAAAAUCGGAAAUCCCUUUAGAUCUCAGCAAACCUGUAGAUUUAUCACGACCAGGAUCUGACGCAGAUGAAAGAUCUGAUACAGCAUCUGAAACAAUGGAAUUCUAUGAAGAAGACGACUCGUCUUCGCUUGACUUUCACACGGGUUUACCAAAUCAAAGGCCACCAGGUAAACGAUUUCGAACACAAAUGUCUUCUGUUCAAGUGAAGAUCAUGAAGUCUCUGUUUUGUGACUAUAAAACGCCAACCAUGGCAGAAUGCGAAGCACUCGGGCGUGAAAUUGGAUUACCGAAACGUGUAGUCCAAGUUUGGUUCCAAAAUGCUCGUGCCAAAGAGAAGAAAGCGAGGCUCGCAGCUGGUUUAUCGGAGGUGUCAGACGCACAACCACCCGAAGAUUGUCGCGUCUGCGACUUUAAAUAUAGCCACAAGUACUCGGUGCAAGAUCAUGUGUUCACGCGGGGGCACAUCGCCGCCGUGCGCGCCCGUCUCGAGAACAGCGCUGGCGCAGGUGACGAUGGUACACUAGCGUUGAUGCAAAUGGCGGCACGAUUGGAGAGCGGGCUUGGCAACGAGCUCCACAACGCCUUCCUCCGCCCUCAGCUUGCCGGCAACGGUACAAGUCCGAACACAAUGCAACCUCAACCUCAACCACAGCCGCAAGGCCUAAUCGUGGAGACAGGAAACGGAGCAAGUGUUCUUCAGCUUCCCGCAACAACACUUGAACAAAUUCGGCAUAUUGCAGCUGAUCCAGGAGCGUCUACUUUGCGCUUGCCUCCGCCCGCCACCGAGAUACCAGUGGGCGCUAGAGAACUGGACUACGAUCUCUGUUAUGUAUGCAAGCACUGCAAAGUAGCAUUCCCAUCUGGUGCUCCCCUUCAAGUACACCAAGCCCGUUCAUGCUACGCAGGCAGAGAGUCAGCCCGGGGCGUGAUCCGCGUUGUGCAACCCUCUCUGGAGUGUAGAACUUGUCCUGGGGAACGCUUCCGCAACGCCAUGGACUUUCGACGACACGCUGAGACAGCGGCCCACAUACGAAACUCCAUGUCCCCUCUCCAGCCACCUGCAUCCGAGCCGCUGACCCACGAAAUGGAGGACGUAGUAAACCAGAUCACAUUGCUGGCAGCACGGGCCGCGCAGGACUCUACCCCGAAAGACUCCAACGUCAAUUUCUGCGCGCCCGGCCCACGCUUCCCGCAAGCAGGCGAGUUGCCUCUAGCCAGCGCAGGUCACUAAGCCUGUUCCGAAUGAAAUGUAUAGUUACUAACUAGAGCCCCUCGCUCAUGUCGUUGUCCGACAACGCAACAGUUCACUAUUAGGUCUUAAAGCUUCUUUUCGUUGACGGUAGCCGCGAUAAACGGCACUUUCCUAGUUAUAAUAUUUAAAGCUUGUAGUCGUGUAAGUGUAGGUUAAUGAGAGUCCCACGCCGCCGCCGCGUACUGGGAGGCGGCGGCGGCGGCCCGCUCGCCGAGCCGUGCGCCGCACUUCAUAUCAUACGUUAGACAGGUUUUAAUAUAUACGUUUAUCGUUGCGGCGACGAGCCGCGUCCGAGCGGGCGCGUCACUAAACUUUACCAUCGUCUCCCAGGAAAGCAAGUUCCUAUCUUUAUGGCAUAUAAUAUUAUCGAUAUUGAUAAUUACGAUUUAAUUAUUUGUUUAAAGCUAUGUAAUACAUACAUAUAAUCGUUCUAAUUUUAGGCAUAGAUAUGUUCUCGUAAGAAGUUCCUGAUGCAUCGUAAAUGUAUGAAGAUAUAUAUACGUAUAUAUGAUUUUUUUAACGUGAGGCGAAGUUAGUACAUAAUAUGUUAGGCAGUAGAGCGGUUGUCCUCUCGCGCGGGAGAAUCUCGCAUGAACUUAAAUCCGCAGCCUUUACAGGCUGCAGGUGAUGCGUGUCGCAGGCGAAAAGAGCGAAGUGUUGAGGUGUGAUGCCUCGAGAGCCGCCCGUGGAGACGCGACGGAACCGCGUAGGCUUAUCGGUAACGGUUAAUUAUUAUAAUGAUUAUUAACGUAGCAAACUUUUCCAAAACGAACGAACUCGAAACUCGGGCUGUGCGCCAGCGCUCAGCCUACCUCGCAUACAAGUGAGUUUAUUUUGGAACUAAGUGUGAUUCUUGAAUUUUUAUUGAUAUUGUAAUGAUUAUUAGUAGUGGCAUAAGUGAUCGAAGGAAUGGGGAUACAUGCGUCUGUGUGUCCUUGUAUCGUCAUCACCUUGCUGUGUGCGUGGAGUCCCUUAUAUUUUCAAUGGCACAGAACGUUAUUAAAAAUAUUUUACAUAUUUACAUUUUAUCUAGCGGAGUCUAAUACAAUAUUUUAUCUAUGAGCGGAUCCUACUACAACAUUGAGUUUGAUUUUUAUAAAGUGCAAUGUUUUAUUCCACCGGUAGCCGGCGGUCCUUGUUAUGUCUUUUGUGCAAUGGGGCGCGCUGCGUCUCCCUAUGAUCGCCUUACACCUCCCCGGGGGAUCUGGGGUUACAUUAAGCUUUCACAAAUUUCAUUUCAUACUAUAUCGAAGAACUCCAUCGGAGACGGAACGAGACAAGAUGCUGUAGAUAGUGUCACGAAUGACCAUCACGUGUGAAGGGAGACGCAUUGCGCGCACGCAACAUUGCCGACGCGAAGGCGCGCGUUUAUACAACAUUAUUAUUUUGUUUGACGGAGUUGAGAUUAGUGUUUAAUAAGGUAAUAUUGAAGUUUGUUGAAGCGUUUCGUUUGCUCCUUCCUAACGUUGUCGCCGUUUAAAAGUUUUUAAUUAAAUUAUUUUGAUCGUUUUACAGUGGAGGGUACGCAGUAAGUUCGGUUAGCGUAGCGUAGGUGGAUAUGUCGGUAAAACGAUGUUGUGUCUCCGCGGACGACAGCCCGCGGAAUGAAUCAUGGUUCCUAUGUAUAUUUCAAUAUAAGUGCAUCUAGUUUGGUUAUUAUUUCCGAACAAAUUUUAAUAUUUAAGAUUAAUUCGGGUGAGUCUGUUGCAUCCGCUACUAGGCGCCGCGGCCGCCACGGUCAUGUUAUUGUUUUAUUCUUAGCAUAUUUUGUUCCCCAAUAUUGUCUCAUAUACAGCACUUUUAUAUUAUUUUGUUACACCACAACUAUUUAUGUGCGUAGAAUUUCAUUAGAUAUGUAAUGGUUACUAAUACAAAAUAAGUUUUACGAUCGUAAAGAAGGUAGCGUGUCUAUCAUAGUUCCUAUACUGUAUUGUAAUACUAAAUUAUUUUAAAAAUUCUUUAAUAGAAAAAUAUACCGUUCCUACUAUUAUAAACUGUAACGAAAAUUUUAAUGUGAACUAAUGUAAUGUGUGAUUACGCGCAAUGCAUGAUGUUUUAAUGUUACUCGUCUGAAUUUUAAUUCGUUUGUCAUCAAAGUCACUUGUCUAUGUUUGUGUUUAGAUGAUUUUUAUGUGAUUUGUUCGAAUUUCCUUUGUUAUAACAUAUGUAGCGGCGUUCUACGCGCUACGACCCGUAGCAAACAACAGAUAACGAUACAUUGUCAAGUGUAAAUGGUAAAAAUAAACUCAAAGUUAGUUUAUCA